AGUCUUCUCCGCCAAUGAGGCGGUGCGGCAGGAUUGCGAGGGCUAGGCCUGGCGGCCGUGGAGCUUCUGGGGAGUCACCCGCAGUAGGGGUACGUAGAGGAGGACAAGAGGCGGCUGAGGACCAUGGCGGCGGCGGUGGUGGCAGCGGCGGCAGUGCGAGCCCGGAUCCUGCAGGUCUCUUCCAAGGUGAAUUCCACUUGGUAUCCAGCAUCCUCCUUCUCUUCUUCAGUGCCAACUGUAAAGCUCUUCAUUGAUGGGAAAUUUGUUGAAUCCAAAAGUGACAAAUGGACUGACAUCCACAACCCAGCCACCAAUGAGGUCAUUGGUCGGGUUCCUCAGGCCACCAAGGCUGAAAUGGAUGCAGCUGUUGCUUCCUGCAAACGUGCUUUUCCUGCAUGGGCAGAUACCUCAGUGUUAAGCCGCCAGCAGGUUCUGCUCCGCUAUCAACAACUCAUUAAAGAAAACUUGAAAGAAAUUGCCAAGCUAAUCACGCUGGAACAAGGGAAGACCCUCGCUGAUGCUGAAGGAGACAUAUUCCGAGGCCUUCAGGUGGUUGAGCAUGCCUGCAGUGUGACGUCCCUCAUGCUGGGAGAGACCAUGCCAUCCAUCACCAAAGAUAUGGACCUUUAUUCCUACCGUCUGCCUCUGGGGGUAUGUGCAGGCAUUGCUCCAUUCAACUUUCCUGCCAUGAUCCCCCUUUGGAUGUUUCCCAUGGCCAUGGUGUGUGGAAAUACCUUCGUACUGAAACCAUCAGAGCGAGUUCCUGGAGCAAGCAUGCUUCUUGCUAAGUUGCUCCAGGACUCUGGUGCCCCAGAUGGAACACUGAAUAUCCUCCAUGGACAACAUGAAGCUGUAAACUUCAUUUGUGAUCAUCCGGAUAUCAAAGCAAUCAGCUUUGUGGGAUCCAACCAGGCAGGAGAGUACAUCUUCGAGAGAGGGUCAAGACAUGGCAAGAGAGUUCAAGCCAAUAUGGGAGCCAAGAACCAUGGGGUAGUCAUGCCAGAUGCCAAUAAGGAAAACACCCUGAACCAGCUGGUUGGGGCAGCAUUUGGAGCUGCUGGUCAGCGCUGCAUGGCUCUUUCCACAGCAAUCCUUGUGGGAGAAGCUAAGAAGUGGCUGCCAGAGCUGGUGGAGCGUGCCAAAAACCUGAGAGUCAAUGCGGGAGACCAACCUGGAGCUGAUCUUGGCCCUCUGAUCACCCCCCAGGCCAAAGAGCGAGUUUGUAAUCUGAUUGAUAGUGGAACAAAGGAGGGAGCUUCUAUCCUUCUUGAUGGUCGAAAAAUUAAAGUCAAAGGCUAUGAAAAUGGCAACUUUGUUGGACCAACCAUCAUCUCAAAUGUCAAGCCAACUAUGACCUGUUACAAAGAGGAGAUUUUUGGUCCAGUUCUUGUGGUUCUGGAGACAGACACUUUGGAUGAAGCCAUCAAGAUCGUAAAUGACAAUCCAUAUGGAAACGGAACUGCUAUCUUCACCACGAAUGGAGCCACCGCUCGGAAAUAUUCCCACCUGGUGGACGUUGGACAGGUGGGGGUGAAUGUCCCUAUUCCAGUGCCUUUGCCAAUGUUCUCAUUCACCGGCUCGCGAUCUUCCUUCAGGGGAGACACCAAUUUCUAUGGCAAACAGGGCAUCCACUUCUACACACAGCUAAAGACCAUCACUUCUCAGUGGAAAGAAGAAGAUGCUACUCUUUCCUCACCUGCUGUAGUCAUGCCUACCAUGGGCCGUUAGAAACAAGUCUGUUCUAGACUCAGUCCACCCUGAGUAAUCUCUGUAUUCUUGACCAACUUCAUUUGCCAACUUUGCUCAAAUCAGAACCCUAGGACUGGAAUACCUGGUAACUAAAAUCUUUCUCAAGACCACUAGCCCCUGCAAAGUUGCUCUAGGAAGAUUCCUAGUGUAACUCUGAAACCAGAUUUUCACUUGCUCUUCUUACUUCAGUUUUUGAGGUAACUGUUUUUCCUGUGAAAUGCUUACAUGGAAUGAGAACAGAGACCUAUUUUCUAGAAGUUCUCCCCUUUUCUGAUGACUUAAAGGGAAGAUUAGUGUAUGUAAAGAUCUUCCAAUAACUAGAAGAGGACCUCUUGGAUGGGGAAAUAGAACAGAAAUAAUUCACCCUUUGGUUGAUCCUCAAACACAGUCCUAUAUAAAUGGCAGUGGGGGAGACCCCUCUGCCAAGCUUUCUUGAGCCUCUCAUUUAUCCCACACUACGCAGGACAUAAUCCAUUUCUAUUUUCCUACAGUUGUGACAACUGCUUUCUUUUCUGCUGAAUGGCACUUUGUCCUAGUGAUUCAUGACCACUAAUUCUAUCAUUGUCACUGUUCCUGCUUAAAAUCACUUCUCAAGGAUACCUCAGUACGCACUGGAUAAAUCAACUUUUUGUUGUGUUUACCAAGUGUUAAAUUUCAGAUUUGGCUUCAACAGUCCUUAAUGUUUCAGUCAUUAAUUCAGAUGCAAAUGGAGUUUGUUUAAGAAAGCUAUUUCAAAAGUUUUUUAGGCCCAGAGAUCAAGGGGUAUUCUAGCCAUGAAAGUGUGCAGGACUCUUGCCUUAAGUAAGUAUAGCUAGAUAUUACUUGCCGAAUUUUUUAUGUUGUUCUUUCUUCUUGCCUGCAUUUCUCAUUAGUGAUCAUUUUUAAUGAAAGAACUCUUAAUGUAGAGUAAUUGCCUGGGGCCUAAGAAAUUUCAAGGCUCUUCAUGACAUGAAAUAGUAAAAAAGAAAUGCUUUGACAGAUUCUUUUGCUACCAUUAAUUCAAGUGUCUUUAUGCUUUUUGUUUCUUUUGAUAUAGCUAAACUUUAAGUCAGAACAGAAAUUGAUGAGCUAAAAAAAAGAUUCCCAGUUGAAUCAAUUUUUUCUGAUACAGUUUUUACCCAGUGAACUAGGAGAAGGCUGCUGGCUCUAAGAGAAUAAUCUCUGGUCCUCAGCCAGAUGACAUAGGUCAUUUAUUUUUCUGCUUCCUCAUUAGUCACUUGGAUAAUGUUAAUCUGCCCCGUGGCAGUGAUUUGGUGAAUUAAGGAUUGUAAAAACUUUGAAAACAUUUGUGCAUUCUGUGGAUUUUAAGCUUAUUACUACCACUACUAGAUAGAAUGUCAGAAUCUUCAUUUAAGGUGACUGGAACUUAUACAUUUAUGACCCUAGUGGGUUUUGUGGGUUUUGGGGUGGUUUUUUUGUUUUUUUGUUUUUCUUCCUAGACAUGAGGCAGUAAAAAUGUUUAAUUUGGUAAUAGAAUACCCCUUGUUUUAUCUCUACUUAUCACCGCUGGCAACUGGUAGUGAUAUUUAAUCCAAUCCAACAACUACAGGCUGGGUUGAAUGAAAGGUCAUAUUGUCUAAAUUCCAAGUGGAAUUAAAUAUAAUCCCAGAGAUUCCUAAGUUUUCCUUAUAUUUAAGGGAAAUCACUUUUUUAAAAAUACUGACUCAUCAGGGCGCCUGGGUGGCUCAGUCGUUAAGCGUCUGCCUUCGGCUCAGGUCAUGAUCCCAGGGUCCUGGGAUCGAGCCCCACGUCGGGCUCCCUGCGCCGCGGGAAGCCUGCUUCUCCCUCUCCCACUCCCCCUGCUUGUGUUCCUUCUCUCGCUAUCUCUCUCUGUCAAAUAAAUAAAUCUUUAAAAAAAAAAAAAAUACUGACUCAUCAGAAUUGUGUUGCUCUAAUUGGAAUCAACUCAU